AUGAGCUGCAGCACCGUCAGACUACUGCUAGCGUUGAUGCCUGCUCUCGUCAUGUGCCAAGAAGCCCUCGAAGCAGACUGCCAGCGCAAGCUGGGAGCAUCCGCCGAAGAUCUCCAGAUCACGCGGGAACUUCGCCUGCCGGAAAGCCGACUCCAGAUGUGUCUGUACGACUGUAUUCUGCAGGGGGUGGGAUUUUCCGACGGGCGCCAGUUCAACCGGGACGGAUACCUGAGCUUUUCGUUGGUCAACGUUGACCGGAAGAGGCAACCGAUGGUGCGGGAGAUGGGGGAAAAGUGUGACGGGAUUUCGAACGAGCACGAUUGCUGCCAGCUGGCUGCCGACAUCGUGGCGUGUCUGCGGGAGGGAAUGUUGCAGUACGCGGUGUAA